AUGUCCAUCUACGAUACCGAGUUCUCCCGCCGAAUCCGGUCUUCCAUCCACGAUGCCCCCCCAACACCUAUAUCAAAGUCACCUCGGUACGAUCUGAGAUCGACCUCCCAUCCAGCGGCAAGCGGGGGUAGCAGUAAUCUGUUUCAUGAUGGCCUGGGGAAUCCCGAUGUCUUUGGGGGCAUAGGGAUGGCUACCAGUAAGAGUGCGAGCCCAAAGAUGAAAGGGAAAGGGGUGCAGCGGGACUAUGGUGAUAGCAGAUUCAUCCCCACCCGAGAUGGGACCGACAUGCAUGCAACUUUCCAGCUGACCGACAGUGUUCGAAGCUCUGCCAAGGUCAAGACCCGCAGAAAAAGCGGGCAGCAGCAGACUGAUGGUGAUGUCCGGCGAGAAGAGGUCCAGGCGACCUUUACGCAGCUGCUCAAGACCGAACUCUUCCCCUCCCCCUCAUCCUCCCGUCAAUCCCCGUCCAGCCUCUCCAAAGCCCGGCAUCAUAAAAUGCGCCAGCCGAUGACGUUUGACACCUCCAACAUCCCUCCCAAUGCCCCUUCUUAUACAAUCUCCAGCGCUGGCAGCACCCCUAAUCACCACCGUCCGCCUCCGAUGGCUCUUCCCACGUCGUCCGGGGCACCAAUGGAACGGCAGAUGUCGCCGGCUUCGACACUGCCUCCUUUACCGAUGCAUGCGCCGUCGACGCCUACUUCGGGGCACGGCAGACCACCAGGAGCCGGGCCAAGCUCGUCGCAUCAUCGAGCGCAUCAGUCUCAGGUCGCUCUGACUUCUACGACACAUCGCGCCACUUCUCCCUCGCAUUCCAAUCCCCGUCGCUCAGCAUUCUCCCCUCCUCCCAACUCCGUCACCAAUGGGGCAUACUCUCCUUCCACUCCUACGAAAAAGAGAAUAUUAAACUUUGGUUCCCCGGGUAGGACUCUGGGAGUGAAUGGGAUCUCGGCUAGUGAUAGCCUGGAUGAUAUGAACCACCCAGCCUACAGUCUUAGUCCAGUGGGAAAAGAGUCGCAGAGAGUCCUCUUGAGCCCGAGAAAAGGCAUACGGCCAAUAUCGAAAACGCCCUUCAAGGUGCUUGAUGCGCCAGAUUUGGCUGAUGAUUUUUACCUCAAUCUCGUCUCUUGGUCACAAUCAAAUGUCUUGGGCGUCGGGCUCAACAACUGUGUCUACCUGUGGAGUGCUCAGACAAGCAAGGUCACCAAACUCUGCGACCUGAGUCCUACCGACACAGGCGAAGGCGGCGAUGUGAUCACCGGCCUGGAAUGGACCAACAAGGGAAGCACUUUAGCCAUCGGUACCAACAACGGUCUGGUCGAAAUUUGGGACGCCGAGUACAACAAGCGUAUCCGUGUCAUGUCUGGCCACUCUGGUCGCGUGGGCGCUCUUGCGUGGAACUCACACAUCCUCUCUUCCGGCUCUCGUGAUCGAACCAUCCUCCACCGCGAUACCCGUAUAGCAGACCACUACAUCCGUCGCUUGUCGGGUCAUCACAAGCAGGAAGUCUGUGGGCUGCGAUGGAAUACGGAUACGGACCAGCUGGCGAGCGGUGGGAAUGACAACAAGCUGUUUGUGUGGGGCGGGGUGGAUGCGAGGCCGACGUGGAGGUUUGGAGAGCACAGGGCGGCGGUGAAGGCUAUCGCUUGGAGUCCUCAUCAGAGAGGGUUAUUGGCAAGUGGGGGUGGUACGGCGGAUAAAAAGAUUCGGUUCUGGAACAGUUUGACCGGAGGACUGAUCAGUGAAAUUGAUACGGGUAGCCAAGUCUGUAAUCUGAUGUGGUCCAAAAACUCCAACGAACUCGUCUCCACCCACGGCUACUCUGGCGGCCCCGUCUCCAAUCAAAUCCAAAUAUGGAAAUACCCAUCCAUGACUCAAAUAGCAACCCUUACCGGCCACAAUUUCCGUGUGCUCUACCUCGCCAUGAGCCCCGAUGGGCAGACGAUAGCGACGGGUGCUGGCGAUGAGACUCUGCGGUUCUGGAAUGCCUUCCAAAAGGCCAAGGGAGAGGUCGGGAAGGCUGCUGUUGUAGGCAGUGGAAUUGGGAGUGGGUCGAGCAUUGUGAGGAUGGGCGGAUUCGAGAGGCUGAGAUGA